ACCCUGGCUCGGGGCUGGAGGGGGGGGGUGUCUCGCCGGCUCCUCCCGGGUCCUCCCCGGGCUCGGUGGGUGGGUGGGUGUGGGAGGGGGUCGCGCCACCGCCCCCCGGGGCGGUCCCGCCGCCGCCGGAGCCUCCCGCCGCCGCCGCCGUUGCCGUUCUCCGCCGGGGCGGGGCAGCGCGGGGCGCCCCGGGGAUCGGUGUCGGUGACAGUGGCCGUGACAGUGGCGGUGUCCCCGCCAUGACCAAGCUGCUGCCGGCGCAGGAGGCGGCCCGGAUCUACCACACCAACUAUGUGCGGAACGCCAGGGCCAUGGGGGUGCUCUGGGCCCUCUUCACCCUCUGCUUCUCCAUCCUGAUGGUGGUGACCUUCAUCCAGCCCUACUGGAUCGGCGACAGCAUCGACACGCCGCAGGCUGGCUACUUCGGCCUCUUCUCCUACUGCAUCGGCAACGCUCUCACCGGCGAGCUCAUCUGCAAGGGCAGCCCCCUCGACUUUGGCACCAUCCCCUCCAGCGCCUUCAAAACCGCCAUGUUCUUUGUCGGCAUCUCCACCUUCCUCAUCGUCGGCUCCAUCCUCUGCUUCAGCCUCUUCUUCUUCUGCAACGCAGCCACCGUCUAUAAAGUCUGUGCCUGGAUGCAGCUGGCGGCGGCCACAGGGCUGAUGAUCGGGUGUUUGAUCUACCCUGACGGCUGGGACUCGAGCGAGGUGAAGCGCAUGUGCGGGGACAAGACGGACAAGUACACGCUGGGAGCCUGCACCGUACGCUGGGCGUACAUCCUCUGCAUCAUCGGCAUCCUCGACGCUCUCAUCCUCUCCUUCCUGGCCUUCGUGUUGGGGAACCGCCAGGACAACCUCCUCCCAUCCGAUUUUAAAGUGGAAAAUAAAGAAGAGGGCCACGACUGACAGAGCUCAUUACCACGAACUCAAGCUCUUCUUCCAUCAGUCCUUUUCUUUCAAGUGACUUUUCCAGGAGCUCUAAACUUACCAACUUCUGUGGAUUUUCUACAACUGUGGAAUGUGGUGGCCUCGCAGCAGCCCUGGAGUUUUGGGAUGGGAAGAGCCCAAACUGGAUACAUGGGGGUUUUUUUGAGUCCAUCAGCAAACCCGGGCGAAAGGGGAGGGAUGGCCAUUUGCUGCUUCUUGGGGUUUGUACACCUUCUUUCAAGGAAAUUACUUCUGAAUUAAAAAAAAAAAAAUUA